AUCAACCCCAUAACAACCGACUCCCGCAAAUAACUCGAAACACACAAAACCUGAUUAAUCGCUCUUACUUUCAACAAUUCUCCACUUUUCCAAAACCCUAAACCCUAAAAUUCUCCAACAAACGUCAAAAUCAACUCAUUCAACGUGCGAUCAACGGCUAGUUCGAUCCACAGAACCAUAAUUAUGCAACAAGACACCUCAAUUUCGUUUACAAAACAUCCGUACGUCGAAGAUGUUGGUACAAAACGAAUUAAGAGUAUUAAAUUCUCGAUGUUGUCGGAUGCGGAUGUGCUUAAUAUUGGGGAAGUUGAAGUUUAUAGCUCGAAGUGUUAUGGAGGUGAAGCUGUUACAGGCACUGUUGUGAAUGGAUUGUUGGAUCCACGCAUGGGUCCUCCAAACAGGCUUAGCACAUGCGAGACAUGUCACGGGAAAUUCCAAGAAUGCCCUGGUCACUUCGGUUACUUGAAACUUGCGCUGCCAGUUUUUAACGUUGGAUACAUAUCUCAUAUUGUGAACGUUUUGAAGUGCAUAUGCAAGUCUUGUUCUCGUAUAUUGUUGUCUGAGGAAGAACGUGUAGACUAUUUAAAGAAGAUAAGAAACCUAAAGGAUCAUUUGAAGAAGGAACAACAUAAUAAAAGCAUAGUUAAAAGGUGUACUGCAAUGGCAAGUAGUAAGAAGGCGGUAACAUGCUCCAGAUGUGGUUAUAUAAACGGUAUAGUGAAAAAAGCUGUUGGAUUAGUGGGAGUCAUACAUGAUCGUAGCAAAAUUCAAGAUAAUACCUCAAGGGAAUCAAGUGAUGCUACUUCUAAAACGAAGGAGAUGAAGUCACCCACGAAUUUGUUUUCUAUGUUAAACCCUCACAAAGUUCUUAAACUUUUUAAGAAGAUGCUAGAUGUGGAUUGUGAUCUGCUUUUCCUUGAUGAUAGGCCUGAGAAAUUCAUUUUAUCAGUCAUACUCGUUCCUCCAAUACCUAUUCGCCCUUCUGUCAGAAUUGACGCGGCAGCAACAAGCAAUGAGAAUGACAUUACCGUAUUAUUGGGCAAGGUUAUACAAUCAAACGCUGCAGUUCGUGAAGUGUUAUCACAAACAAGUGCAUCUAACCAAUAUCUGAAUAUUUGGGAGGACUUGCAACAUAAGGUUGCAUUAUAUAUAAACACUGAUGUAAGAGUACCCUCAUCUUGUGCUCUUGAAAAACCAAUGGCUGGUCUUGUUCAACGUCUGAAAGGAAAGCAAGGUCGUUUUCGUCAGAAUUUAUCUGGGAAGCGAGUUGAAUAUACCGGCAGAACUGUUAUUUCUCCUGAUCCUAAUCUAAAGAUUACAGAGGUGGCGAUUCCGAUCUUAAUGGCGAAGAUUUUGACAUACCCGGAGCGCGUGUCAUAUCACAAUAUCGAGAGACUGAGGCAAGCGGUGUGUAAUGGUGCGUCUAAGUACCCCGGUGCGAAGCAUAUCAGAAAACCAGAUGGUACCUUGCUGUCCUUGAGUAUUAAUGCUAGGAAGCGUUUGGCUGAUGAGUUGAAAUUCGGUGACGUAGUUGACCGGCACUUAGUCAAUGGUGACGUUGUCCUUUUCAAUCGACAACCGAGUUUGCAUCGUAUGUCAAUCAUGAGUCACAGGGCAAAAAUUAUGCCUUGGAGGACAUUAAGAUUUAACGAAUCUGUUUGUAAUCCAUACAAUGCUGAUUUUGAUGGUGAUGAGAUGAAUAUGCAUGUGCCACAAACCGAGGAGGCCCGAACAGAGGCUCUAACGCUAAUGGGGGUUCAAAACAAUUUAUGCACACCGAAAAAUGGGGAGAUUUUGGUUGCAUCCACUCAAGAUUUUUUGACAUCUUCGUUUCUUAUAACGAGAAAAGACACAUUUUACGAUCGCGCUUCAUUUUCACUAAUGUGUUGUUAUAUGGGUGAUGCAAUGGAUAUACUCGAUUUGCCAACUCCUGCUAUACUUAAGCCGAUAGAGCUUUGGACCGGUAAGCAAUUAUUUAGCGUAUUGUUGCGACCACACGCAGAUAUGAAAGUUUAUUUGAAUCUGACUGUUACGGAAAAGAGUUACUCCAAACCGAGUGGAAAACGGGUCAAGCCUUAUGAGACAAUGUGUCCUAAUGACGGAUAUGUUUACGUUCACAACAGUGAACUUUUAAGUGGCCAGCUUGGAAAAGCUACUUUAGGGAAUGGAAACAAAGAUGGACUCUACUCGGUUCUUCUUCGGGAUUACAAUAUGCACGCCGCUGCUGCAUGUAUGAACCGAUUAGCAAAACUAAGUGCACGUUGGAUAGGAAAUCAUGGAUUCUCAAUUGGAAUUGAUGAUGUUCAACCUGGAGAUAAUUUGAAUGACAACACGAUAAAAAUCAUUUCUGAAGGCAAUAAAAAAUGCGAUAAUUUCAUACUCAAUUUCAAUAAAGGAAAGCUCAAGUUGCAACCGGGUUGUAACGCUGCCCAGACCCUUGAGGCCGAGAUAACAGGUGUCCUAAAUAAAAUUAGGGAUGAGACUGGAAAGGUUUGUAUGGAAAAAUUACAUUGGAGGAACAGCCCAUUAAUUAUGUCUCAGUGUGGGUCAAAAGGAUCUCCCAUCAAUAUUAGUCAAAUGAUUGCGUGUGUUGGUCAACAGUCAGUUGGAGGUCAACGUGCGCCCAAUGGAUUUAUGGACCGGAGUCUUCCCCAUUUCCCCAGAGACUCAAAAACCCCUGCUGCAAAAGGGUUUGUGGCAAAUUCGUUUUAUAGUGGUUUGACUGCUACUGAGUUUUUCUUCCACACGAUGGGAGGACGAGAAGGGCUUGUGGAUACAGCAGUUAAGACAGCUGACACGGGUUAUUUGUCCCGUAAACUGAUAAAGGGAUUGGAAGAUCUAUCAAUUUACUAUGACAACACAGUACGGGAUGCUAGUGCGUGUAUUGUUCAGUUUACCUACGGUGGUGACGGGCGUGACCCUUCUCAGAUGGAAGGAAAGGCUGGUUUUCCUCUCAAUUUUGACCGGUUAUUGAUGAAAGUCAAGGCUACAUGCCCUGCUGGGCAACAUAAAGGCAUAUCUUCUUCAGAGAUACGUCAAUUGGUCAAUGAACAUCUUUCAAUGCACGAUAUGACUCCAGAAGGGGGUUGCUCUGAGGACUUUAGGAUCAAACUGAGACAAUUUAUUGAAAAAUAUGCCGCAACGUUAGAAUUCACUAAAUUAGCACUUCAACCGCAUGAUGGACAGCUACAUUAUGAACAAUCUGAAAUUAUAGAAAACGUUGCUCAAAGCAUAUGUGGCAUCACUUCUCAGCAGCUUCAGGUAUUCUUAAAUACAUGUACCUCACGUUACCAUCAAAAAAAGAUUGACGCUGGAACAAAUAUUGGUGCAAUUGGUGCUCAAAGUAUUGGAGAACCCGGAACACAAAUGACGUUAAAAACCUUUCAUUUUGCUGGAGUUGCAAGCAUGAAUGUCACUCUUGGGGUUCCUCGAAUCAAGGAAAUAUUAAACGCAGCCAAGAAAAUCAGCACGCCUGUCAUUACUGCAAAACUUAGAUCUAACGAUAACGUAUCGUUUGCUAAGCUGGUCAAAAGUCAAAUGGAGAGAACUCUUUUGGGUCAGGUUGCAAAGAGUAUAAAGAUUAUACUGGGAAACAGAUCCGCUUCUAUUGUUAUUAGUCUCGACAAAUCAACAAUUCAAGCCCUACAACUCUCUAUCGAUGCGUAUACUGUGAGGGAAUCGAUACUAAAGACUCCUAGAAUCAAACUCAAAGAACACCAUAUCAAGGUUUUGGAUGCUCGGAAACUUGAAAUUAAUCCUCCAUCUGACCGUAACAAACUUUACUUUGAUCUUCAUUCGCUCAGAAAUAGGCUCGCAACAAUUGUUGUUAAGGGCAUUGGUUCGAUUGAACGUGCGGUGAUAAACAAAAGGAAGGAGCAGGACAAGUUUAACUUACUUGUAGAAGGAACGGGCCUCCAAGCGGUUAUGGGCAUGGAAGGAAUUAACGGACAUGAAACGACAAGUAAUCAUAUUUUUGAAGUACAAAGCACGCUCGGGAUUGAAGCUGCAAGACGGUCGAUUAUUAAAGAGAUCCAAUACACAAUGGAAAGUCAUGGAAUGAGUAUUGAUAUUCGACAUAUGAUGCUUUUAGCUGAUGUCAUGACAUAUAAGGGGGAAAUUCUGGGGAUGACGAGAUUUGGAAUUCAAAAAAUGAAAGAAAGUGUGUUGAUGUUGGCUUCGUUUGAGAGAUCACAAGAUCAUCUUUUUAACGCUUCUGUGAAUGGUCGAGUAGACACGAUUCAAGGUGUUAGUGAAUCUAUUAUCAUGGGCAUACCAAUGCAGACAGGCACUGGAAUGAUUGGAGUUAAACAAAGGGCUCCUCAAUAUGAGCUGAGCAAGGGAAGACAUUUGAUUAUAUCAUAAGCUGGUGGUGCAGAAAACAUCUAACUAGACGAGAUACAUAUUUUUUAACACGAGAUUCGUAAAUAGAUUUUAGCACAUAUGAUAUGAUAGAAGGGGUAUCAUUGCAAGUUUGGUUUUUUAGCUGUGUUACAAUAUUUAUUAUUAUUAUUAUUAUUAUUAUUAUUAUUAUUA